AUGGAUAAUAAUAAUAAUAAUAAUGAUCAUUCAAUAAAACAUGAUAAUCGUUCACGUGGUUCAAAAAAUCGAUUAAAAUCUUCAACAGUACGUGAUCCAAAUGGUUCUAUAAGUACUUUCAGACGAUUUUAUCAAAGUGGUGGAAGAGAUUAUGAACAAUAUCGUCUUUGGCUUCAAGCAUUAUCGAAAUCUGACCAAUUACCAACGUCAUCGAAUUCGUCAGCUAAAAUUAACGAAGAACCUAUUGAUAUGGCGUCCAAUAUAAGCGCUAUAGGGUCCCACGUAGUAGUAUCCUCAUCAUCACCGCCAUUACAUUCACAACAUUCGAUAUCAAUACCAAGAGUUGCACGUACAUAUCCUUUAUUGAAACCGAUGCGACACCAAAUACCUUUACGAAGAAAAUCUGAACUUUCAUUACCAUUACCGACAUUUUUGUCUUCUAUAGCGGCAACAACAUCAUUCAAACCUCAAAUUUAUAUUCCAUACAAUUAUUCUCAUAUUUCAAGUGAAUCUUCAUCAUCGUCAUCAUCAUCAUUUAUGGAAUGGUCAGUAAGUGAUGUCUCUCAAUUUAUUGAAAAACAUUUUCCUGAGAAACAUAUUGCUCGAAAAUUUAUGCAACAAAAAAUCGAUGGACGUACACUACCAUUAUUAACUGAAGAUCAUUUAACCAAAAUAUUCAAAAUGAAACUUGGUCCAGCAUUACAUUUACUUACUCUUAUAUCUAAUAUGCAACUAAAAAAUUAA